AUGUCUUCCCUGGCCCUACCCAUGAAGCAUACCGAGGCGGUACUCCAUAUGUACACUACCUACGCAUACUCAGUGCAGUUGGGGAAGCCAGAACACGCCAUCUCACUGGCGAAAAGGUGCUUCGAAACUCUCAAGACACCGCAACCGGCGCCGACUCAUGACCUCAUGACCCCCCAGUCUUGUUGUACUCCGUACGGCCCGCGCCUCGUAGCCGGCUUCCACCCGGCUCCGACUGGCACCUCCCGGUCUGUGACAUCUGGUGAUAACAUGUUUUGA